AUGCACAAAGGGGAACAUCUCAGAAGUAUUGAAAAGACCUGGGUGCUUAAACUGUAUGACUUCUUUAAGAGUGAAAUGCAGGAAGGAGUUAUGCUGUUGGACAAGCCAGCUGACCGUGUAACUGAGGCUAUUGGUAUAAAUAGGUCCACUGUAUAUUGGAUCUGCAAAGAACAGAAAGAAAAGGGACAUGUCAGCAGUCCACAGAAAAGAGGUAAAAUGGAACACAGUGGAUCAGCUGAAGAGUACACAGACAAUUUCCAAGAAGGUGUCAUUAGACGCAGAAUACAUAGAUUCUAUACAGACAAGACCUUCCCUACCAUGUCGUUGCUGCAUGCAGCUUUAGUACAUGAAGUCCACUACCCUUUCUCUAAGACAAGUUUGUAUAAGACAGUACGUAAGAUGGGUUUUGCCUACAAAACUAUGAACAAGAAAAAAUGUCUCUACGAGCAAAAUCGUAUCUUAACAGCAAGGGUCAACUACCUGAAACAAAUACAAGGAUUCAGAGAAAGGAAUAGACCCAUUGUAUACUUGGAUGAAACAUGGCUACAUCAACACCACACUUUGGAAAAAUGCUGGACAGACUACGAUGGAAAAGAUGGAUUAAGAAUUCCUAGUGGAAAAGGGAAGAGGCUGAUUAUUUUACACGCCGGAGGAGAAAUGGGAUGGAUACCAGAAGCAGAGUUGGUUUUCGUGGGGAAAAAAGACACUGGUGACUACCACAAUGAAAUGAACAUUAGUCAUUUUAUGGAGUGGUUUGAGCAUGAACUUCUACCCAAUUGCCCACCUCAAUCAGUUAUAGUUCUAGACAAUGCAAGGUCUCACAAUGCUGUAGUAGAAAGGAUACCUACGAAGUCUUCCAGAAAGCAAGAUAUGAUUGACUGGCUGGCCAAACAUAAAAUACUCCAUAAGCCCUAA